UCUGCCAACCAUCAUGAAUGGCCUCCCGCCAAAAACCAAAUAUGUAAAUGAAAUUAUUUUCCCAAGGCUCUACUGGAGCCCUCCCUGACCGUAUAACGACCGUCUGUGUCCGGCGGUAGAGGCAAGCCUGGGCCAGGUCUGGUGCAGAGGAACGCAAGGAGAUGGGGUGUUCGCUCUUUUACCCCGUGAGUUGAUCAGACUGACACUGUUAUUGUUAAAUGCAGGACUCAGUACACUGCCUGACACAGAGUAGGUGCUCAAUAAAUGUGACUAGUUGAAAUGGACCAGAUCCAUGGAGGGAGUCUCACCGGAUUACAGAGGUGCCUCCAGCAAUGAAUAUGUUCCAAAUUGCACUUCCUUCUCAAGCCUUGUGGCCAGUGGUGGAUAGAAGGUGAAUUAUGAUGUGUCAGAACAUAGGACCUUGGGGAGUUCCGUAACCAAGAGGAGAAAGAAGUAACAACAGCCAGUAAAGACAGAAAGAACUGCUUCUCCCUUCUUCCCCCUCCAAGUUCCUAGUGGAGAGCUGAGCCCAGCAUCCUAGACUUGUGUGACUUACACAGGCGAGCUUCUGAAGACUAACUUCACUUUGGUACCCUAGCCUUCAGCAGCUCAAGGCGUUGGCUUUCGGAGCAGACAAGAGGCUUUUAAGUAGCAGAGCUCCCUGCUCUCAGCAAGCCCAACACCAUGGGGAAGGGAGACACCUUGGAAGCAGCACCAACCACCUCGACCUACCGCUCUGUCAUGGAGGAGUAUGGUUACGAAGUAGGCAAGGUCAUUGGCAAUGGCUCCUAUGGGACGGUGUAUGAGGCUUACUACACAAAGCAGAAGGUCAUGGUGGCUGUCAAGAUGAUCUCAAAGAAGAAGGCCUCUGAUGACUACCUUAACAAGUUCCUGCCCCGUGAGAUACAGGUGAUGAAGGUCCUGCGGCACAAGAACCUCAUCAACUUCUAUCAGGCCAUCGAGACCACAUCCCGAGUGUACAUCAUUCUGGAGUUGGCUCAGGGUGGUGAUGUCCUUGAGUGGAUCCAACGCUAUGGGGCCUGCUCUGAGCCCCUUGCUGGCAAGUGGUUCUCCCAGAUGACCCUGGCCAUCGCCUACCUGCACAGCAAAAGCAUCGUGCACCGCCUUUCUGCUGCUGGUAGGGACUUAAAGUUGGAGAACCUGCUGCUGGACAAGCAGGAGAAUGUGAAGAUAUCGGACUUUGGCUUCGCCAAGAUGGUGCCUUCUAACCAGCCUGUGCGGAGUAGCCCUUCCUACCGCCAAUUGAACUGCUUUAGCCACCUCAGCCAGACCUACUGUGGCAGCUUUGCUUACGCGUGCCCGGAGAUCUUGCUAGGCCUGCCCUACAACCCUUUCCUGUCUGACACCUGGAGCAUGGGCGUCAUCCUCUACACUCUAGUGGUCGCCCAUCUGCCCUUUGAUGACACCAAUCUGAAGAAGCUGCUGAAAGAGACUCAGAAGGAGGUCACUUUUCCACCCAACUACCCCAUCUCCCAGGAAUGCAAGAACCUGGUCCUCCAGACCCUACGCCAAGCCAGCAAGCGUGCCACCAUCCUGGACAUCAUCAAGGAUCCCUGGGUUCUCAAGUUCCAGCCUGAGCAACCCACCCAUGAGAUCAGGCUGCUCGAGGCCAUGUGUCAGCCCCCCAGCACCACUAAUCAUCACCAGUCCUUGGAAAUCAAUACAUGAAAGUGGCUGAGGGAGGAGGGGGUUGAGAGGAGAGCACAGCAGGAGGGUCUGGGGCUAAAAAUCUUUUAUACCAAAAAUAAAUCUAAUUCUGUUUAGUUUCAUCAGGUGGAGUCAAAGACAUUCUUUCCUCAGAGGAAGCUUAGCAGGGAACACUGUUGAGGGUAGGAGGUGGAUUUCUGCCCAGAGCCUGUAACCAGUCAUCUUGACAGCCGUUAAAUCAACAGGGUAAUUCAGUGUAGCUCACAUGUGGCUUGUUGGGGAGGCGGGAAGGUGUGCUCAGAUGAACACCUGCUUUGGGGAAGCUUU